CCUGAGUCAACAAACUCCCCACUAUCCUCAGAAUUUAUUUCAGGGCUUGACCAAACAAUUUACUGCUCUAUAUUGACAAAAUGAAGUCCGAGGAAUUAUCACAACUAGCGACGAAUCUAGCUCCGCUAGACUUCAAAGCUAUUGAGCCGCAUUUACUAGCUUUAGACAAGCAUCUUACCCUUCGUUCCUAUAUUGACGGGUACUCAAUCACGGAAUUGGACUCAAAAAUAUGGAUCACACUUCGAACAAACAGAGUUGCUGCUGCUUUCAUAAAGAAGGGAACUUCUAUCAAUCUUGUCAGAUGGUAUCAAUUUAUUGAGCAAACUCAUCCAGAAAUCCAAGAGGAGAUCAAGCUUAAGGAUGAGGCGGAGAAGGCAAAGAAGACAGCUGCUAGCAAGGCGGGAGCAAGCUACAACAUCGCUUUACCUAAUACUGAGAAAGGGGUUGUGACUAGAUUUCCACCAGAGCCAUCGUAUACUCGCCGCGCUCCAUACACCUCAAAUUUAUGUUACUAAUGUUCUUUAGUGGAUAUCUUCAUAUUGGGCACGCAAAAGCCGCACUUCUCAAUGACUAUUUCGCACACGAGCUCUACAAAGGCACACUUCUCCUGCGAUUCGACGACACGAACCCUUCGAAAGAAAAACAAGAAUUCCAAGAUUCCAUUAUCGAGGAUUUGGCACUUAUGGGUGUCAAGCCAGAUAAGAAGAGCCAUACUAGUGAUUACUUUGAGGAGUUAUAUCAAUUUGGUCUCAAAAUUAUCAAACAGGGCGACGCUUAUGCAGAUGACACAGAUCAACAGACUAUGAGAGAACAGCGAAUGGAUGGUAUUGCGAGUAAGAACAGAGAAAAGAGUGUUGAGGAGAAUCUCGCCACAUUUGAGGAGAUGAAGAAUGGCACGGAAGCAGGAAAGAAAUUCUGUAUCCGAGCAAAGAUGUCUGUGGACAACCCAAAUAAGGCAAUGCGCGAUCCUGUCAUCUACAGAUGCCCUAAUGACGAUCCCGAGACCGGCGGACCAUUACCUCAUCACCGCACUGGUAGUACAUGGAAGAUGUAUCCUACCUACGAUUUUGCAUGCCCAAUCGUCGAUUCACUCGAAGGAGUCACACACGCAUUGAGAACAACGGAAUACAACGACAGAAAUCCCCAAUACCAAUGGUUUAUCACCAAGUUAAACCUCACUCCAGUGCAUAUGUGGGAGUUUGCUCGUAUGAACUUCGUUCGCGUGUUCCUCUCAAAACGUAAAUUAGCCAAGAUGGUUGAUGCUGGAAGAGUUUGGGGUUGGGAUGAUCCUCGUAUGCCAACAAUCCGUGGUGUUCGAAGAAGAGGUAUGACCAUUCCUGCUUUGAGAGAUUUUAUCUUGAAGCAGGGACCAAGUCGAAACAUUGUAACCAUGGACUGGACCAACUUUUGGGCUUCAAACAAGAAGGAAAUCGAUCCAAUUGCGCCAAGGCAUACAGGUGUUGACAUCAAGGAUCAGGUAAAGGCUGUUCUCACAAAUGGUCCUGAGACACCAUAUACCGAAGACAAGCCUAAGCAUGGAAAAAACCCCCAGGUUGGCAUGAAGAAAGUUACCUACAGCAAGAAUCUCAUUCUUGAUCAAGAGGAUGUCAAGCUGUUUAAAGAAGGCGAGGAAAUUACUCUCAUGAACUGGGGUAAUGCUUUCGUACGCAAAAUCAACGGCUCCGGCCCAAUCACAGAUAUCGAGCUAGAGCUGCAUUUAGAGGGUGAUGUUAAGAAAACCGAAAAGAAAGUCACUUGGUUAUCCUCUGACCAAACUCUCAUCCCAGCUGAAGUGUACGAGUUCGACUACAUGAUCACCAAAGAUAAAUUGGAGGAGGAUGAUAACUGGGAGGAUUUCCUCACCCCGGAUUCCGCUCAUAAGACAGACCAGUUAUGUGAUAGCAACGUGGCUGAUCUCAAGGAAAAUGACAUCAUUCAACUGGAGAGAAAGGGGUAUUUCAGGGUUGACAGAGCGGCUAAAGAUGGAAAGCCAGCGGUGAUGUUUGGUAUCCCUACCGGAAAGUCGAAGUGAGGCUAUGGAACGACGCAAAUGGAAGAAAUGAAGAAAUGAUAUCAAAAGAUUGGUAGUUAUGAGUACUAUGGAAUAAAUGAGUGAAUGAAUGAAAUGCUAGACAUUUUAGAACUAAAUCCAUUCUUACCCCUUUGA